GAUGGUGUCAACUAUGGAUCUAUGAACACCAACAGGUAAGAAUCAAGUACUUAUCUUAUAAAUGGACAAGGUGACUAGCCGCUUUGAUCGCCCGGAAAUCAUGGCAUUAGCUUCUGAUCAAGAAAUCAAAGAACCUUUGUUGAGUAAUAGUGGACAAGAUGGUAGUCUAUCUGCAGCUUGUGCGUCACCGUUAGAUUCAGCUAACGCGCCAGUUGUUCUUGAUGAAAUAGCAAGAAACUUAGAAGGCAAUCGUCCGCACGUGCAAUCUGAUCAAACCAGGCAAAAAAGAAUUUCUCUUUUUCAAGGGCUUGUUGAGCGUGUUCGACGGACAGUUCGUGGGUCGGCUGAUGAUAUUGGAUGGCUACAACGUGCUCCAGAUAUGCCUCCUGUUGAAGAUGGGACAGACCGGUUUACCAAUAUACUUGAAAUUAUUAGGCACGAUGUCCACAUGCUGCCAGACUCAAUGGUUUAUCUUUUGGUUCCUGGUCUCUUUAGCAACCACGGACCGCUUUAUUUUACUAACACCAAGGCUACUUUCUUAAAAAUGGGAUUGACAUGUCACAUUGCAAAGAUUCAUAGUGAGGCAUCAGUUGAAAAGAAUGCUAGAGAAAUAAAGGAGUACAUUGAAGAGUUCCAUUGGGGAUCAAAGAAGCGUGUUUUUCUUCUUGGUCAUAGUAAAGGAGGAAUCGACGCAGCUGCGGCAUUAUCAAUGUAUUGGCCCGAAUUAAGAGAUAAAGUUGCCGGUCUCGCUUUAGCUCAGAGCCCAUAUGGUGGCAGCCCCAUUGCUUCUGAUAUUUUACGAGAAGGGCAGAUCGGGGAUUAUUUUAAUGUUCGUAAAAUUAUGGAAAUCUUGAUCGGUAAAUUGAUAAAGGGUGACAUGCAAUCACUCGAAGAUUUAACAUACACGAAGCGGAAGGAAUUCUUGAAGAACCAUCAGUUGCCGAAAGAACUCCCAGUCGUCUCUUUUCAUACCGAAGCCAACAUCUCUCCGGCAGCUUUAGCAACGCUUUCUCGUGUUGCACAAGCAGAGCUACCAAGAUUUGCUCCUAUAUCAAUGCCUGUUGUAAUGCCUCUUGGGGCUACAUUGGCUGCUACUGCCCAGGUGCUACAAAGCAGAUAUGGUGAGAAAAGUGAUGGGCUUGUUACAUGUCGUGAUGCAGAGGUCCCGGGCUCUGUGGUGGUGCGACCCAAGCGGAAAUUGGACCAUGCAUGGAUGGUUUAUUCUUCAAACAAAGAUGACCCUUUGGAAGCAGAUGCUUCUCAGGUGUGUGAGGCUUUGCUAACUUUGGUCAUGGAAGUUGGACUCAGGAAGAAUCAUCUUUGUAGCCUUAGACCAGAAUAAGGCCUGUGUUAAAGAUGGUAUCAUGAACAGGUUGGAUAAAGGGUUAUAAAUAGUAAGUUAUGAUUUCACCACAAUAUAUAAAAAUACAUAGUCCUAUAAU